AGGUGCACGGUGAACCAUUAGCUAAUUAAAUCAUUUCACAGAUUACGCUCACCCCCAUCAGAAAGCGCGUGGAAAACACUAGCGAUCCGAUCUAAAUCAUCUUUAACCUACCAACCAUUAAACUAUCACGUGUCAUACACCUCCUGUACAUGCGAGUGGGAUUACCUUUCUGCAAAUUCAAAAUCCUCUAAGGGUAGUUUGGACACGGCACUGUAACACCCCCACCUCCAUCUUCCCCAGAAUCAAACCCUAGCAUUGCUUUUUUUGCACUUUUCUCAUGUCAAGAUUGAUUUUUUUGUAAAAAAAAUUGUGGGGUUUGUUGAAUUAACCUUCAAAGUGUGAUAUAUCCACUUGUGGCUGUGUUGUACAGAUUAUGGAUCAUAUGAGUAGUGAUAAUCAUUUGGAUAUUCCUGAUACCCCUGAUAGAUUAGCUGCUAAGGAUCUGAAUGGGAGGACAUUUGUCAAUGUAGAGAGUGAUUUAUCUACACCAAGGAAUUCAGGAUACGGGAAUGUUGCUGCUGAGAAUGGGAAUCAACUAAAUGUUAAUGGUGUUGGAAGAAACAGGCUGUUUAUACGUCCUCCAAGAAGAAUCACUAGUUCCAUGAAAUCUGAAUGCCAUGCUAAUUCAUCAGCUUUUGGUAUAGGUGAUUCUUUGCCUUCAAGAAACGGUGUUCCAUCUGAGGUUUCCUCCAUCCCUAAUUCCAAGGAGAAACAUAACUUGCAUCUUGCUAAAAGUGGAAUCACAGAAUCAAAAAGUCAGCAAGACCGUCCUGUCAUAGACCUGACAAAGCAAAGUGGGUCGUCGACUCGUGUAUUUGUUAAGGCUCCUACAAUUGGAGUACAGGAUAAUGGUCAAGAUGAAAAAUGUAGAUCACAAUCAGCAAUGAUGAAUGGACACUCUCAUUUGCACAGGAUGAAUUCCACACCAUCCAGCAGUACCAGCAAAGGAAAGGAAACUGCUGAUCUUGUUGGUUUAAGUAAAUCUCAUGGAGAAAAGGAUUCUGCUGUUGAUGCACCACUUGGAGCUCGGAAGGAUGGUUCUGCAUCUCUUGCUAACUCACGAAGAGUAAUUGGGCAGAAAAGAUUGGUCCGAAAUGGAUGUAUAUCUCCUCAUAACAUAGCUAAGGCCAAAAAGCCAGCUGGGAUGGAGGACCAAGGUGUCUUAAUCCAUGGGCUAACUGAUACCGGUCUUACUGCAUCAUCCGCUGGUACAAGCUCAGAUAGUGCUAAAGAAAUGAUAUCUAAAGAUGGUAUCUCUACAGUAAAGGGUAAGGGGGUGGUGAUCCAUUCUUCUCCUUCAAAAAUACAUGACACAACACAUACAUCUAGCAGUGAUUACAGUAAAGAUGUGUUCAGAAGCUUUGCCGAAUCAGGGGAAUGGAGAAGUACGCGUAACCGCAGUUCGAGCGUGAACUUGUCAUUGUCCAAUGAGCAGAGAACUUCAGAAAGAGAUAAUGCACAUGCUGUUUCUCUUCCCAGUUGGAGUAGGGUGAUGAGAAGAGACGAUGCAACUAGUUGUCAAGAUUCAGUUUCUAUUAGACAUCAUUCUGGUGUAUCUGCAGGGGCGAAGGGAUCCCCUCCUGGACGUCAAUGUCACCAAAUUAAUGGACAUCGUACUGCAUCAAACACAGUUAAGAAAAGACUAAAGCAGGGACCUGCCUCAAGCAGCCAUGUUGAAUGUUCUACAUCCGCCUCUGAUAAUGCAGACAUCAUUUGCCUUACCUCCCCUGAAAGUGGGGCUAAUACAAGGUCCACCAGAAACCCAAGUCAUUUAGGUACAAGCGUCGAACCAGUGAUUGUAGUGGACAGUCCCUCCUCUACCACAAGACAUGAAGGCUCUCAUAUUGUAUGUAGCAGUAGUAGGAACAAAGAUGCUAGAGCCAGUCAACUAGAAGCUGAUGAAAGGCUUGCAAGAGAACUCCAAGAACAGUUGUACAAUGAGGCCCCCUCCUUCGGUGUUGGCGAGGUCGAUGAAGAUGUAGCAUUGGCUUUAAUGCAGGAGGAUUUUCUACGCGCUUCGUCUGGAUCAGAGAACCAAUUAUCCGGUUUUAAUGGACCAUCAGUUACAAACGCACGCAGAAGGCAACCAAGAAACGCAUCCAACGUAUCUCGUAGAGUUUCUCAAGGUCGGGCGUCUACGUCGAAUAGGAUGGCAAGGUUGAGGAGCAGUUUCCCUGGACAACCUCGUACCAUCUCAUCAUCUAGAGCUAGAGGAAGAAAUUCACUGUUUCCUCCUAACAUGGAUGUGGACAUGAGGAUGCAUAUAUUGGAAACAUUAGAGGCUUUCAGUAAUAUGGAUGUUGACAGUAACCUCCUUCAGACGCAGCGCGACUUCAAUGAGAAUGACUAUGAAAUGCUAUUGGCUCUUGAUGAGAACAACCACCAACAUGGUGGUUCAUCUGCACGACAAAUCAACAACUUGCCACAGUCAACAGUUCAGAAUGAGAGUCUUGAAGAAGCAUGUGCUGUUUGUCUUGAAACUCCUACCAUGGGAGACGUCAUCCGUCAUCUCCCUUGCUUUCACAAGUUUCACAAAGACUGCAUUGAUCCAUGGCUGAGGAGAAAAACAUCAUGUCCAGUUUGCAAGUGUUCAGUAACAUAACCUGCUGUAGAGAUGAUAGGAAUUCAUGCCAGUUGCAGCUUAGAUUCUGAUGGAAUAUUUUGUUCAGAACAAGUGCUCUUUUUUGCUAUAUGCUUUUCUUCAAUUACUUUUUCUAUACAUGAUGCCCUUAAAUUCAUAGCUCAAGGUUUCAUUUAACGGCGUAAAAUUAGACUUCUUGCCAAAUACAAAUGUUCGAUUUUGUUAUGUUGUUGAUGAGUUAUAGGCUAUAGCAUAUACUAGUUGGUCUUUA